AUGCAGGGGCACGGAUACAGCAUUAAGUUGCUGCGUCGAGACGUACUGCUGGCACGCCGCAUUUGUCCCAUGUGGGUCUGGCCGAUGCCAAGCGGUUGUCGUGGCACUCUGCUUCCUAUUGCGAUGAGUACAGCCCUUGGAGGUCCAGUCGAGAUAGCGAAGACGCCUUCAGCAGUUCCCCGAGGAAACCGGAUAUCAGAGUUUAUUCUUGAUUUGCACUUUGUUAUGAAUUUCUUUCCACCUUUAUUUCUAACUUUCCUGAUACUUCCUGCGAUCUUGACCCCCAUCUCUUUCCCUCCACCAGUUCUCACCUCACGCAAACUCUACUCAUCCGAAUUAGGCCCGAAGGUAGAACACGUCUUCCUGGUUGAGAAUCGAGGCGGCCCAGACCUGACCAACCUGAAAUUUUGGUUGGAUAUUCCCGUGGCAACUUCGGACGGUGACUACCUCGUCUACCUGGCCGACCGAGUUCGCAAAGUCGUUGUCGGUGGAAAAGACUUAAGCUACAGAGAAAUUGACCUAAGACCGAUUUGCAAGAUAGAUAGAAGACGAGAGGAUACAGUUUCUACGAGCGAGAGAGAGCAGUCCUACUUUUGCGGAGAUCCAGUCUACCUUGCCUUGGUACAGCUCAUGUUUGCUAAACUUAACCGUGUUAAUUCCAAGGCCCUCAUAGUUUAUGAAGCCGGGUCUUCUUUCAAUUGUUGUGCACAUUUCUUCUUGACACAAUUGCUUUGGGGUUUGUUAUCUUUUGAUGCAGACAUCGACUGGGCUGCUUCCUCUUUCGGUGUGUUUACGGCUGACGGGCAUGUGCGAGGCCAGUGUGUGUUGCCAGACGAGUGGAACAACCCGUUGCAGUUGAUGAUCCUUGAUCUGGACGCCAAUAAAGGUGAGAACUGUCAAUUAUUUUGUCCAGUCCUCCCUCAAAUGUCAGACUCUGCAACCUAUCCAUUGAAAGACUAG